GCAGGGGGCGGGACCUGGCUGUCCCGUUUAAAGUGUGUCUGAACCUUCACUUGACGUCUAGUCUCUCUGUUGGGGUGCACACGGAUUGACCACUCCUUUGGGCUUUUCCUUUUUCCUUGGAUAUUUGGGGGGGAAAAGCUAAUCCACAAACAUGACUGACGCACAACAAGAGGCCCGCUCCUACCUGAGCGAGGAAAUGCUGGCUGAGUUCAAGGCCGCCUUCGACAUGUUCGACACCGACGGUGGCGGUGAUAUCAGCACCAAGGAGUUGGGUACCGUGAUGAGGAUGCUGGGCCAGAACCCAACAAGAGAGGAGUUGGAUGAGAUCAUCGAGGAGGUCGAUGAGGACGGUAGCGGUACCAUCGACUUCGAGGAGUUCUUGGUCAUGAUGGUGAGGCUGCUAAAGGAGGACCAGGCCGGCAAGAGCGAGGAGGAGUUGGCAGAGUGCUUCCGUGUGUUCGACAAGAACGGCGACGGCUACAUCGACAGAGAGGAGUUCGCACUCAUCAUCCGCAGCACCGGCGAGGCCAUCUCAGAGGACGAGAUUGAUGAGCUGAUGAAGGAUGGAGACAAGAACGCCGACGGCAUGCUGGACUUUGACGAAUUCCUCAAGAUGAUGGAGAAUGUGCAGUAAAACCAGAAAGACUCAUGGACAUUCCCCUGUGACCCCUCAUUGACCCACCCAAACCCCUCCCCACACACACACACACACACUUUCUCUCCUCCCUCGUGUCUCCCUGGUUCACUGCCUCUCUUCUCCAUCCUUAUAGACAUCCUCAACAGACAGCUAGGGCACCCGGCGGGGGUCGCUGACUGGGCCUCACUCUUCCCCAGCUUGCUUGUGAAUGCAGUCAGCCCAUGGAUGCUGCGCUGACACUGUACGCCCCCUGACAAGAAGGCAAGGUGGCAGUGGAGAAAUUCACUGCUCACACCUUUUGUUGUGUUAACAGGCGCGUGUCAUCAGCGACCCCCUCCUACCGGUAAAGCUCUGAUCUAGAUGUAGUCUAGAUAGGACUGCAGCCUGUUACCUGCUGCUUAGACCAAUUCAUUCAACGACUUCACUGUACAAAGAAGUAAUUUGCUUUAACAGAAUAAAUGAACUAACACAUGCUCACUCGUAGUUGGUCUGUCAUAUUUAUGGUCUGUGUAAAAAAUUUGUUUUGAGGAAUAUUAAUAAAAUCUGUUUGUUUCUUC